GGCGGGGCAGGCGGAAGCCAAAAAUAAGCACCCUCGGAGUUUCUGGGGCCCAGGCUCGGGCCUCCUGGGGAAGCUCCUGGCCUUGGCGAGUUCUUGCGGUGAACAAGAGUCAGGGAGCAUAGUCCGGCGUGGAGCUGGUAGGCGGAAAACCACAGCAAAGCGACAGGUUUUUUUUUGUUUUGUUUUGUUUUGUUUUGUUUUUUUUUUUGAGCGAGCUCUGUCGGCCGCGCUGGGGACGCUGGAUGCGUAACCCGGGCCGCGUGCGCGAGGCGGAGGUCGCAGCAGGCUGUUGGGUAGGCCCAGCCGCGGAGCUGCUUGGGUCUCGGGACACCGCGGUCGCGGAAGCGGAGGGGAGCGGUUGCGAGGGCUGAGCGGAACCACGAGUGCAGAGCUCAUGCGUCCGGCGUCAGCCCCCUUGACUCUUAACGAAGGUGUAAUCAGCCUCGGAAAAGAUGCCAGCCCCAGCUGCCACAUACGAAAGAGUGGUUUACAAAAACCCCUCUGAGCACCACUACAUGAAAGUCUGCCUAGAAUUUCAAGAUCGUGCAGUUGGACUGAAUGCUGCCCAGUUCAAGCAGCUGCUGCUUUCAGCCCUGAAGGACCUGUUUGGGGAGGUCGAUGCCGCCUUACCCUUGGAUGUCAUAACUUAUGAAGAGAAGACCUUGUCAGCCAUCCUGAGAAUAUGUAGCAGUGGUCUUGUCAAAUUGUGGAGUUCUUUGACUCUUUUAGGAUCCUAUAAAGGCAAGAAAUGUGCUUUCAAAGUAAUUCAGGUCUCUCCCUUUCUCCUUGCAUUAUCUGGUAAUAGUAGGGAACUAGUAUUGGAUUGAAUAGUCCUCAAUUUCAGAAACACUUCUCAAA